UAUGACUUACUCAAAACUUUUUCAAUUAACAAAUAAUGUUAAAACGAUUUUACUCAAUAAUGUUAAACAAACAUAUUGUACUACGAUUUACUAAAAUAUUUUGUUCUUCACAAUGAACACUAGAAUAAUGUUUUCUUGGAAUUCUUUUUCUACGAUUCUUCGAUUUAAAAGAAAGUUAAUCUUAUGCAUUACGAUAUCGAGAAUUUUAGACAAAUCUUCUGCCGAAGCUUCAAUCGCAAAUUUUUAAUUGUGCGAUUGAAUUAAGAGGGGAGGUGUCACAUGCCACGUGUGUGACCUCUAAGUAACCUUAGACCAGACCUGUUACCAAGCAAACUUGACAAACACCCAUCGAUGAGCAAUCUUUUUACAACCCUAUUACGUCGAUACACGGAUGUGAUCUGGGUAUAUAAGGCCCUAAAUUUGGAUCCAAAAGUCAGUAUCUAGUCAGCAUCCAGUCAGUAUCUAAUUUAAAUCAAACCGAUCGACAUCAUCUCUGUACCAGUAGUCAGUGCGAAUCUAUACUCGUUACCUACGAUUAUCCCAGUCUAAGUAAUACCCAUCUCGUGUGUGACCGAGCCAUUGUCAAAUCUCCAAGCAGUAAAAAUUGGAAAGGCGGUGCAUCUGAACUGACUGUGGACGCACGAGCGGAGAACGGGUUUUCAGCUUCGAAUAGAAGCAAUAAAGGUGUUUAUUGGAAAAGGAACUGGUCUUCUCUCGGCAACAUACAAAUAACGAACUUCAAGAAAUCAUUAUAUACAAUUUUAUAAUAAAUUUCAUUUUAACUAAUUCUUAACUUUUAUUCAUUGAUUCUUUUUUCCUCAUUCCCAAAUAAGAUUUCUUCGGAAUUUCUUAUUUAAAACGAGGAUAACAAAUGUUAAGAGACCUUAUCAUCAUGGAUCGGAAAAACGAAGAAAAAAAUUGAGCAGAAGGGAAAUUUAAAUCCAUUUGAGGAGAGAAUUUUGGCAAUUGAUGCCAAGGAAAUGGACAAGGAUGAAAAGAAAUCCGAAACUGAUGUAUCAACAAAGUCACGUCAAGAUCCACCAAAGUAUUUGCCAAAAUCAAACGAUUGUUUUAUAAUAUCCUCAGAAGAUGAAGAAGGGGAAGCGGAAGAUGAUGAGGACGACGACGAAUUCGAAAUGGAAAAUCUUCAAUCAAAUGAAACAAAGACUGUUUUGGAAGACCCCAAAAAAAGGUGUACCUGAAGGUAAACCCAUUGUUGACGAGAAACCCAAACCAAAUCCUUCUCCUUUCGAAGAAAGAAAAAGGAAGACGUCAUCAAAUCAAACUACGGGACCGCCUGCGAAAAAAAUAAAUUCCAUUUCAAUUUUAGAGAAAUUCAAGAAAUCUGCAAAUCCUUUGAAGGAGAACGUUGAAACAAUGGGCAAACUCUACGAGGAAUUAAAUGAAGUUUUGCGUAACAUAGCAGAAACGCUAGAAAAUUUGUUACGUGUAACUAUAGAGAGUUACGACUUGUUACACUCCAUUAUAAACCGCGAUUGAAUUUUUAUAAAAAAAUCUUUUUUCCAUCUUUUUUUUAUUAAUUA